CUCUCUUGCAGCUAUCGAAAAUUACUGCACUAAACAUAUUUUUGUGCCUCCCUUUAGCUCCAGCCAGCGCAAUGAUUUGUUAUACUCCUCCUUCGUAUUAAAGUCGCCAUUUUGCUUCACUGCCUAUAUAAAACCUUGUAUUUAAAAUAUUAUCUUCAAGGAGUCGGAGCCGUCUCUAUCUUUCCUGCCUGCUGAUUUCAUAUGUGUUGAGUUUCCAACGAGACGAUUGAGGUUGAAUAUUUGCCUCGUGGUUGACAUAUUAAUGCAUGCGAGGGGGCAAGUGAUGGCUGGAAAAAAUGGUGAAAGUCUCUAGGAUUUAAAUAGAAAAUUCCCUUUUUCCUCCUCCCGUUCCCUCUUCUUCAUCGCCCCCUCGUCCUCUUUCCUCGGAUUCAAAGAGGUGGCUAAGGACCGACCGUGACGACUGGCAGUCCGCCUGCACCUUCGCUCAAGACGGCAGGUGUGAUUGCCAUGUAACACCGGGAAAGGCGCAGCCAAACCGCCUGACCCUUACGUGGGUGACCCGGGCCACCCAGCGGCUUGUGCUGGGUGACUCCGACAUUCCAGAUAUGUCACAUGUAUCCUACGGACCAAGAGGUGAAUGUGGCAGGUUGUAUUAGAUGUUUGAUUGACUGUGUGCCUGCGCAGCCUUCAAACAUCAUGGAGACCCCCAGUGUCCCCCGGCUGGCGAAGCUGUCAUCAAGGGGUCGUCCUCCAAAACAGGCCCACCCCCAGGAGACUGGCAGGACCACAGCCGCAGCCCCUGAGAACAACAAACACAGUACACCCUGUAGUGAAAGAGGGGAGGGAAAGAAGAAGGGGCGUCCCAGAGCUGAAGUGCAGGAGCUCAGGAGUAUCCCUGCUAACAUGAUGGUCCAGUGGAAGGAGGAGUUUAAGAAGCGGUCCAGGGUAAAGUGUCCUGGUUCAGGCUGCUGGCUAGAGUUCCCCAGCAUCUACGGUCUCAAAUACCACUACCAACGCUGCCAGGGGGUGACCAUAGCAGAAAAAUGUAGUCAUGGCUGUACGGACUGUAAGGCGGUGUUUGCCACUAAGGUCCGUCUCCAAAAGCACAAGCUGUGGAACCACCCCGAGAGGCCUACCAUCGAGACCAAGGCUGAGCCCAAACUACAUAAGACCCCCGUGAAGGGGACCGCCAAGAAAAGGCCUAUGGAGAACACUCCACCGUCGCCUGUGUUCUUCAAAGCCAAAAAGACCCAGGAGGUGUCUAGUUCCUCCCAGAAUGGGGAGUGUGCCCCCCAGAGGGGAGGGAGGAAACAGCACCCACACCCCCAGCCCCCUCAGCAGCAGGCCUCCUCAUCUGACACCUCCCCCAACAGCCCAGGGGGCAGCGAGAGCGAAGAUGAGGGGAGCAGCCUAUCCCCACCAUACCCCAAUGAAGACCCUGAGAGGACAAGGCACAGACGGAAGCAGAAAACUCCUAAGAAGUUCACUGGAGAGCAACCCUCUAUCUCGGGGACGUUCGGACUGAAAGGUAUGAACAAGGUAGAGGAGAAGUUGAAGGCUGGUCGUGUGAAGAGAUUAGAGGGGUGUCUGUUCAGCGAGGAGCCCCAGAGAAAGUACCCUGGUCCAGCCUCUAGGAGAGACCUACCACCACUCACCUCUGCAGAGGCCCAGUGGCAGCAUGCCAUCUCAGAGCGGGGGGAGGUGGUGUGUCCUACCUGCUCCAUUGUCGCCAGGAAGACCAUCUCGGGCCUCAAGAAGCACAUGGAGAUCUGCCAAAAGCUCCAGGAUGCCCUGAAGUGCCAGAAAUGCCAGAAACAGUUCAGGUCCAAGGCCGGACUCAACUACCAUACAAUGGCUGAGCACAGCAGCAAGGCUUUGGGGAGCGAGGACCAGAUGGGGGACGGGCAGGAGGAGAGAGAGAGGCUGCGCAGAGUACUCAAACAGAUGGGACGAAUCAAGUGUCCUCGGGAGAGCUGCUCAGCCCAUUUUUUCAGUCUGAUGGGAUACCAGUACCAUCAGAAGCGCUGUGGCAGAGAGCUAUCAGAGGAGGACAAGCCUGUAUUUCUGUGUCAGCACUGUGGGAAGACCUACCGCUCCAAGGCUGGCAGAGACUACCACCUCCGCACUGAACACCCCACCACCACCACUAACAGCAAUACCACCGGCAGAGGGAUGAGAACAGAGGAGCCACAGCCUGCAGGAAGGCGGGAACAGAACCACGUGGAGAGAGAGAGGAAGGAAAAAGAAAAGUGGCAGGAGUUGUCUGCGGGUAGGGAGAAGGAUGGGAGAGAGAGGGAGAGAGAGGGGCUGGGGGAGGACUUUGAGAGGACUCCCAGUGGUAGGGUGAGACGUCGGUCGGCUCAGGUAGCAGUGUUCCACCUGCAGGAGAUAGCAGAGGACGAACUGGCCAAGGACUGGGGCACCAAGCGUCGCAUCAAAGAUGACCUGGUACCGGACAGCAAAAGGUUGAACUACACUCGUCCUGGUCUUCCCAAGUUCAGUCCCAAGCUGCUGGAGAGCUGGAAGAACGAGGUCAAGGAGAAGGGCUUCAUCUGCUGCUCCAACAGAAGCUGUGAAGCUGUUUACUCCAGUGUGUCCGGACUCAAAGCUCAUCUAGCCAACUGUAACCAGGCAGAGGGCGAUGCAGGGAAGUACACCUGCUUACUGUGCCAGAAGGAAUUCAGCUCAGAGAGUGGUGUCAAAUACCACAUCAGCAAGACACACUCACAGAACUGGUUCCGAGCCUUCAGCCACAUGGUGCCCAGCAGCAGCAUCAGCAGCAGGAGCAAACCGCCAGACAACCACGAGAAAACGGAGGUUAAGAACGGAGUCACCAUGGGAAAGAAGAGAGGCCGCAAGCCCAAAGAGCGCCCCCCUGAGGCCACCCCCGUCCAAACAAACACUUUUUUCAGCACCACCCAAAACUCAGCCCCCACUCUGAACAUGGCCCAGAACCCGGUCCCGACAGAGACAGGAAACCCAGGGAGCCUGACGCUAAACAGACAGCCCAACCAACCCACCACACGGAGGAGUAAGCCCAAGUGGGUGCCCCCUCCCUCCGAGUAGCUCUGCUUUCAACCCAAGAGCCAGAGAGGCUAUGUCUAUCUAUCCACAUUACGCCAGUAAGCUCAAGGAUGUUUUUGGAGACCUCAAGGACUGGCGGAUAGAGAACAAAACUAAAAACGACUGCACUCAGAUCUUUGCGUUUUAACAUGAAAUAUACUGUAUACAGUUUGUCUACUGGUAUAUGUUGAUAUGACAGUCAUUUUAUUUUGUUUCCUCCAUUCCAUUUCCAAGCAUCAUUUCAGUUAAACUAUUGACAACAGGGGUUCAUUGUAAUCAAAGUUAUAAUCCUACUCUGUGUAAAAAAUCUAUUUUUGUAAACAAAAGUAGUAUUUCAAAUGAAUGUUGGCAUAUUCCCUCUUCAUGUCUUUAGAUUCAUGUUGUGUUUGAGAGAUUUUUCAAAGGAUAUUCUAUUAGGAUAGUGAGGUACUGCUAGGGAUUUUUUUUAAUGGAUAUACUGUGUACUGUGUAUAUAUACUAUAUCUAUCUACAUACAGUAUAUACUCAAAGCAAUGACGUCAUCCCUCUUUUUUUCAAGGCAGGAAGGUCAAAUUUGGUCUAAAGCGAUCACACUCCUUUUCAUUUUAGUUGUUUUACACUUUGGCGUCUUUCGUUCGUUUUUAUUGUGGCAGCUGAAUGUCGAAGUAGAGGUUUUUUUUGAUCCGUCUGCUACAGUGCAAUAUGCUAAUUCGUUUUUGUCUCUUUGUUUUCUAUGGCUUUUCAAAGUUGUGAAAGACCACACUGUAACGCAUACAUCAAAUUCUUUACUGUGUUCUGAUGCUCUGGCUAAGCUACGUAGUUAGUCUUUGUUUCAAUCACACUGAAAUGUAGGAAAUUAGCACCAUUUUCACAAAAUGAUAUGAGAUUUUAUUGAAUUUUUUAUUUGACCUUGGGGCAUAUGAUUGGGGAUGUUAACGCAAACAUUUCUCCACUAAAAUCUAUAUCUACACCCAAGCAAUGUAAACAGCAUAUCCACAAAGUUUGAAGAUGUGUAGAUUUUGUUUAAUAUAGGUUUCGCCAUUGGAGCUCAUAGUCCGAAUUAAAUGUGGGAAUGUUGUAGUAAUAGGUUCCCAUUUAAAAUGGACAAAAAUUCUCAAGCUCGAAUUUUCCUAGGACUGUCUGGUAGUCGGGAGGGGAAAACUGAGAGGUUUGGAACUUUCUUUGUUUGUGGUGUAUUAACCAAUUUAGCCUGGUGACGUCACCAGGCAAGCCGAAACUCCCGCCCAUGCAAACCUGCUGAUUAGAAGGUUCUGUGUAGAUAAAAUUUUCUACCAGUAAUUAUCAGGAAAAAACACUGAUCAAAUGUUUUCACACAUUUACAGUGUUCGUUUCAUCAGCUGUGGUACAAUAUGAUACAAAACACAAGAGGAAGUGAAUUUUGACUGCACUGGGCAUUUAAAUAAUUCAGAAAAGGGAGCUGCAGUUAAUUUUUUUUUAAAUACAAGUUUAAGUUAGUUUAAUCUUUAAUGAAACGUAAAAAAUAAAAACCUAAAAUGAAGGCUUAGAUGUUGUGAUGUAUAAAGACAUAUUCCCGGUCAUUAAAAGACUUGUCUUGCACUUUAACCCUAACCCCUUUCCUCUCUUCCCGCCCGUUUUGUCUUUUUGCACAUGAAGAGCAAAGAGAAAAAAAACUUUCCGCUCCGGGAAGAAGAUGCCCUUAGACACAGAUUUAUAAUCAGCCCUGCCUAAAUGUUUACCUUAAGAAUUAUGGGUAAAGACACAAAACUGACCAUAGAUCAGCUUCUAAAGGGCAGCUUCACCCUACUCUAACCUAAACCUCCUAUAUGGAGGGUUGUUACCCAGGACUGUGAAGUAAAAAAUGUGGGGUCCAGAAAUAAGUACAUUUAGUUCUCUGUGCCCCGCUUUCCAACAGGAUUCAAUGAGUAGAUAACAGGGCCGCCUCAGUGAAUUCAAAACCCAAACUAAGCCAUAACUGAUCCUCAGAAAUGCUAUACAUUUUAGGCUGUGCUGCCAAGCAACUAUUUCAGCGUAAAAGGAAAUGACGUUUAAAUGAAAUGUCUUUAAUUUAUGAAAAUGCUAAUGUGCAAUCAGCUCAUUUUAAUAUUUUGUCUAUAAUAAAUACUUAAAGUAGAUACUUGAAUUCACAAAACAAUUGUAAUAAUUUGAUUUUGAAGUCAAAAUGUCAUGAAAUGUUUCAUGUGUAUUUAUAUCAAUAGAGCAGAAUAGCUCUCUCAAAGCGGCAGAUUUCUUUUAUAAUCACUUGUGUGUAUGAUCUAGUUAGUCUGAAAGUAGUGGCAGUUUGUGAAAAGGUUAUGGUUACAUGGUGCAAUUUACUCUGCUUGUUCAUCCAGGACCGUUUUUCCAGAAAUGUUAUUACUUUACAAUAUGUCCUAUAAAUACAGGUGCUAAACUCAUACUGUUAUGAAACCAAUCUUAACCAUUAUGUAAAAAUAACGUAAAUAUCACAUUUACAGAAGUAUUCAGACACUUUACUCAUUACAUUGUAAUUACAUCAGUGAUUACAACCUCGAGUUUGGCACACCUGUAUUUGGGGACUUUCUCCCAUUCUUCUCUGCAGAUCCUCUCAAGCUCUGUCAGGUUGGAUGGGGAGUCUCGCUGCACAGCUAUUUUCAGGUCUCUCCAGAGAUCUUCGAUCCAGUUCAGGCUCUGGCUGGGCCACUCAAGGACGGUCAGAGACUUGUCCCGAAGCCACUACUGCGUUGUCUUUGCUGUGUGCUUAGGGUCAUUGUCCUGUUGGAAGGUGAACCUUCGCCCAGUCUGAGAUCCUGAGCGCUCUGGAGCAGAUCUUCAUCAAGGAUCUCUCUCUACUUUGCUCCGUUCAUCUUUCCCUCGAUCCUAACUAGUCUCCCAGCCCCUGCUGCUGAAAAACAUUCCCACAGCAUGAUGCUGCCACCACCAUGCUUCACUCUAGGGAUGGUGUCAGGUUUCCUCCAGAUGUGACGCUUAGCAUUCAGGCCAAAGAGUUCAAUCUUGGUUUCAUCAGACCAGAGAAUCUUGAUUCUCAUUGUCUCGAUAGUCCUCUACAUGCCCUUUGGCAAACUCCAAGUGGGCUGUCAUGUGCCUUUUUCUGAGGAGUGGCUUCUGUCUGGCCACUGUACCAUAAAGGUUUGAUUGGUGGAUUGCUGCAGAGAUGGGAGAAACUUCCAGAAGGACAACCAUCUCCACAGAGGAACUCUAGAGCUCUUGUCAGUGUGACCAUCGGGUUCUUGGUCUUCUCCCUGACCAAGGCCCUUCUCCCCAGAUUGCUCAGCUCUCGGAAGAGUCUUGGUGAUUCCAAACUUCUUCCAUUUAAGAAUGAUGGAGGCCACUGUGUUCUUGGGGACCUUUAAUGCUGCAGACAUUUUUUGGUACCCUUCCCCAGAUCUGUGCCUUGACACAAUCCUGUCUCGGAGCUCUACGGACAAUUCCUUCAACGUCUUAGCUUGGUUUUUGCUCUGACAUGCACUGUCAAUCAAGUUGUAGAAACAUCUCAAGGAUGAUCAAUGGAAACAGGAGGCACCUGAGCUCAAUUUAGAGUCUCAUAGCAAAGCGUCUGAAUACUUAUGUAAAUAAGGUAUUUGUGUUGUUAUUUUUAAUAAAUUAGCAAAAAAAUCGAAAAACAUGUUUUCACUUUGUCAUUAUGUUGUAUUGUGUGUAUAACCAUUUUAGAAUAACACAGUAAUGUAACAAAAUGUGGAAAAAGUCAAGUGGUCUGAACUUUCAAAGGCACUGUAUCUACAAUAUAUGUAAAUAUAUUAUACACACACAGUACCAGUCAAAAGUUGAGACACCUACUCAUUCCAGGGUUUUUCUUUAUUUUUACUGUUUUUACAUUGUAGUAUAAUAGUGAAGACAUCAAAACUAUGAAAUAACACAUUUGAAGUCAUGUAAUAACCAAAGACGUUUCAAACAAAUCAAAAUAUAUUUUAUAUUUGAGAUUCUUCAAAGUUGACAGCUUUGCACACUCUUGGCAUUCUCUCAACCAGUUUCAUGAGGUAGUCACCUGCAAUGCAUUUCAAUUAACAGGUGCCUUGUUAGAAGUUCAUUUGUGGAAUGUAUUUCCUUCUUAAUGAGUUUGAGCCAAUCAGUUGUGUUGUGACACGGUAUGGGUGGUAUGCAGAAGAUAGCACUAUUUGAUAAAAGACAAAGUCCAUAUUAUGGCAAGAACAGCUCAAACAAGCAAAGAGAAACGUCAGUCCAUCAUUACUUUAAAACAUGAAGGUCAAUCAAAAUAGAACAUUUCAAGAACUUUGAAAGUUUCUUCAAGUGCAGUCUCAAAAACCAUCAAGCGCUAUGAUAAAACUGGCUCUCAUGAGGACCGCCAAUGGAAAGGAAGUCCCAGAGUUACCUCUGCUGCAGAGGAUUAGUUCAUUAGAGUUAACAGCCUCAGAAAUUGCAGCCCAAAAAAAUGCUUCACAGAGUUCAAGUAACAGACAUCUCAACAUCAACUGUUCAGAGGAGACUGCGUGAAUCAGGCCUUCAUGGUCGAAUUGCUGCAAAGAAACCACUACUAAAGGACACCAAUAAUAAGAAGAGACUUGCUUGGGCCAAGAAACAGAAGCAAUUGACAAUAGACUGGCGGAAACCUGUCCUUUGGUCUGAUGAUUCCAAAUCUGAGAUUUUUGGUUCCAACCACCGAGUAGGUGAACGGAUGAUCUCUGCAUGUGUUGUUCCCACCGUGAAGCAUGGAGGAGGAGGUGUGAUGUUGUGGAGCUGCUUUGCCUUGUGACACUGUCUGUGAUUUAUUUAGAAUUUAAAGCACACUGGAUAUCACAUUAUUCUGCAGCGAUAUGCCAUCUCAUCUGUUUUGCGCUUAGUGGGACUAUCAUUUGUCUUUCAACAGGACAGUGACCCAAAACACACCUCCAGGCUGUGUAAGGGCUAUUUGACAAAGAAGGAGAAUGAUGGAGUGCUGCAUCAGAUGACCUGGCCUCCACAAUCACCCGACCUCAACCCAAUUGAGAUGGUUUGGGAUGAGUUGGACUGCAGAGUGGAGGAAAAGCAGCCAACAAGUGCUCAGCAUAUGUGGGAACUCCUUCAAGACUGUUGGAAAAGCAUUCCUCUUGAAGCAGGUUGAGAGAAUGCCAACAGUAUGCAAAGCUGUCAUCAGGGCAAAGGGUGGCUACUUUGAAGAUAUAAAAUAUUUAACACUUUUUUGGUUACUACAUGAUUCCAAAUGUGUUAUAUCAUAGUUUUGAUGUCUUCACUAUUAUUAUACAAUGUAGAAAAUAGUGAAAAUAAAGAAAAAACCUUCAGUGAGUGCAGUUGGUGUGUCCACACUAUGGACUGGUACCAUAUAUUCAUACUUCACCCUAUCAGUCUUCCGAGAUGAUGUGGAAAACACAUCCUGUUUGAGCCAACGUAGAAUACAGCAGCAACUGCAAAAAUAUGUUUACACCAUAUUUUGUUUUAAUUUACUUAUUUAAUGGAGAGAAAAAAUUCACCUACCCUAUCCCUUUGUUUCUUUGCUUAAGAAAUAGUUAUUACAAUUUUUUCUCAGUGAAAACAAUAGUUAGUUGAAGUCCAUCAAAUGCUAUGGGAUGUUGAAGUACGGUGUUUUUAACAAGUUUGAUCAUGCAACAUUUAAAUGUUGAUUUUCAGGACACAAUUAUUGAGAAACCAUUUGUCGAUAGCUAAGGAUCAACAAGGAGGCGUGUGUUUGUUUCUGUAUUUAGUGCACUUACUACCCCUUGAACUAGGCUUGAAUUAGGAGUGUUGUCGCCUGAUCUUUUUAGUAGUCUGGACUGUGUGUGGUGUGACUUUUGUACCUGGGGAGUCCGUAGGCUAAGCUGUCUUCCUUUUUUUUCACAAAUUCCAUUUUCCAGCUUUAAUGUUUUAUCUUACAAACAUUUACAAUUUCAACAAGCUUUCGAUAAAUCUUUGUUUUGAAAAUUGACCGUUAUAGAGUGGACGCAAAACGUUUGGUGAUUGGUUAUGUUGAGGAGAAUACUUAGUUUGGUUCUAAAUGAGACAAUGUUUUUCCUAUGUUGAAGUUGAUCUGAUCUGAAGCUAUAUCCUAACUAGGGAGGCACCACACCUUUUUGAAUCUGAACUGUUAAAAAUGUUUUUUUAAGUGUUUUACCUGUGCAUUAUUACCCCUCAACUAAUUAAUAAAAAUGUUGUUGACUAAGUUUGACUGUUUCCAUUAUAUAUACAGUACUACACGAUUACAUAUGUGUUAUUUCAUAGUUUUGAUGUCUUCACUAUUAUUCUACAAUUUAGAAAAUAAUAAAAAUCAAUAAAAACCCUUGAAUGAG